UUUGUUUCAUCAACUUCCUUUACACCUCUUCCUAUUCAGCUCUUUUUCCCCCCUGCUGUCACUUCUGCUGUGUUCUCUGUCCUGAUGAACUGAUUUCCACAGCAACAUGCAAAGGAAGAAGAGCUGGAUAUUCUGGUGGCUGAUGUCUUUUGUGUCUUAUGAAAUGCUUUAUGAGAAUUGGGUGUCAGGACAGGGUUCCUGUGAGACUAUGUGCAAUAUAACAUAUAACAUAGGUCGUAAUCAUACAGAGUGUUGUAUGGAUUAUACAGACAAGGUUUUGAGAACUGGAAACCGCACUGACGCUAUGACAGCCAUUAGGACUCUAGAAAGUGUUCUAGAGAGAACAGAGGUGAAUGUGAGCAUGCAAGUGUGUGUCAAAACUUUUGUGGCGCUUCUGCACAAACCCAAUGAUACCUUUGGAGGCCUUAAAAUUUAUGCUGAUGACACACAGGUAACACCAGAUGUGCCUCUUCUCAACAGUAAAGUCCUUGUCCAGCUGCCAAGAGAACUGGAUGCUGGACCGAAUAACAAGAUUGUGUUCUGCAUGUUUAAAUGGCCUAAAAUGAACGAGAGCAUUUUUGAAAGCCCACAUGAAGUAUAUGAUCAAAGACUGGUUGGUCUGAGUGUGCAGAACAAGGAGAUAUCAGGACUGCAGGAGCGCAUCAACAUCACGAUGGAGUUUACCAAGAAAAUCGACGAAACUCAAAAACCCUCGUGUCAUUUCCUUAAUUAUUCAACAUGCAAUUUUAGUGAGGAUGGCUGCCUCACACACUGGACACGUGGUCAGACUAACAUCACCUGUUCCUGUAACCACCUCACAUACUUUGGCGUCCUCAUAGUAAGAUUGGACUCAUUCAUUAUAUAAAGAGGGAUUCAGUGAACUGCAAAACAAAGUGCUUGUCAAGUGAUGUGGGGCAAAAGACAGCAAGCUUAAAAAAAACCCCAGCAAAAUGUAGUCAUAGUGGUGACUGAAAGACGCACAGCUUCUAAGAAAGAUAAGUGUUUUAGAUUUCUUCUUUAGAUCUUCGGUUUCCUCAGUUUCCUUUAUCAGAAAUGGUGAUGAACUAUUAAUAAACCCAUAAACUUGCACAGCUACACACACAUACAAACACCCACCCACACACACACCCACACACACAACAAUUCAGGAAAUCCGCAUGUGAUAUAAAUUUAUAAAUUAAAGUGACUAAAACAUGGGUAACUGUGCGCUCAUCGUAUUAGUACAACUAAUGAAAGAAAAAGCCAAAAGCAUCUUUUAUAUGUUAGCAAAUCUCUUUAUCCGGUGUGUGAAAGUAAACAAUGUAGUUUGCUCUCUGCAUGCAAAGAAAAGAAACAUUUUGCCAUGUUACUGCACAUGUAUGUAAUAAAUGUGCAGUUUAUAUAACCUACACAUUCAUUGAAUGUAAAAAUUAUGCAUGAAAAUAUAGUAACAAAUAUGAUUUGUUAUAAAUGUAGAUACGUUAGUUGUGCAUCUCCUUCUUUUCUUCUUUUCAGUUUGGUUUCAUUCUUGAUGGUGCCACCAGAUGACACCAAACUGAAAUGAUUUCUUGUACAGAAUGUGUUCUCCCUUCACCUGCUCUGCUCAACUUGUUUUCAAUCAAAUUACUAUCCUGCCCUGGUCAGAGCAUGGCAAUGUUACAUGCAACUGCUAAGGGCACAGUCUGGCUUGCGGCAUAGCCCAUCAUUGCAUCUUUAUUCCUCUGACCGCACUUGAAAACACUGCAGCCAAAACUAUCCACACUCACACAGAGAAAGUGUUUGCACUGUAAUCACACACACAGGAAGUGUGCAGUGCUGUCUGUUAUUGCAUGCCGUUCCUGUAUUGCUGCUAUGUUGUAUUGCUUUUCAUGUUAAUUGUUUGUGUGUGUUGCUCGUGCUUGCUUACCUAUCAUUUGCCUCCUUUUGCCUCUGUUGUUAUGAUUGUAUGUAGCAUAUUUAUUUAAUGCUUUAUUUUAUUUUUCAGAUGUAUUCAGCUGUUCUUUUAACUUUCUUUUUAGCCCUGCCCCCAUUGUCUUCAAGGGACUUGUACCAUUAGGAAUAACAAGCAUACGUAUUAACUUAAUGGGUUAAAGUUAAAGUUACAGUGUAAAAAUAAUAAGUAAGAAAGUAUUUGCUUCUGGAAUGAGACUAAUUGUUAUAAUUAGGGUUGCACCAAUACCCAUACCGGUAUCGGCCUCGAUACCACAUUUUCUAAAGUACUCGUACUCGUUAAAAGUCUCCCGAUAUUGGGGACCUAUACCACGGUCUGAGACCUGUCUAUGUUUGAGCGGCAUGUAAGGGGUUAAUCACAGGCGCCGGGUAAAUACCGAGUAAAUACCUCUCAGCCCCAUGUAGGAGUGUGGAAAGUGAAAGUCUUUGUAGCUCAGUGUCACACAUUAUAGAUGAAAACAGAAACAGUCUGACUGAGAUAAUGCAGAAAAGCUACUUUUCUUAAAAAAAAAACAACUGCCACUCACUUAUUCUCUCCAUUAAGUGAGUUAUCUUAGACAUGAUGUUAAUACCUACCUCAGUUGCACUGACUGCCACAGUUCUAUGUUGGUGGAUGUUGUUAGUUUAUUCAAAUAUUGUGCACUAAAUAGCAAAGAUGUUUAUUAAUGCCCCUUGUG